AUCACCUCUGCCGAAUGUUAGUAGGCAGCCGUAUAGGUAGAGCUAUAACUGUGCAUGAAUUCAUAGGAUCCGUCUCCUUUGUGGAGUUUUAUUCUGUGGGAACUAAGCAGGCAUUUUAUUCAGCAGCUUUAUCCCUCUUCUUGUAGAUUGUUGAUUUUUGCUCAACAUCCUAUUGAGUGUGGACUACUGUAACUGAGGAUAAGCAAGUACUGAGUUAUUCUUCAUUUUAGUGACUAUCUGGAAACAAUUUGUGCUACAAAGACAACUUUAGAGCAGAAUUAUGCUCGACCCAUGGAGGUUCUUGAAUAGCUGACUGACAUCUUUAAGGAGUUCAAGAAGGCAAUGGAAACAUCUGCUCACUGAGAUACAGGUAGUGAUGUGAUACCAACCAGAAUGCCAGAGAGACUGUUGCAAGUAUCAACGACCUUCAGAUUUUCACUGUGAUUGUAAAGUGAUUUUGACAGCCAUGGGCGCGUUUGGCUGGGUUAACCGCUUACUGUCGAGGGGAAGUAGAGGUCCCGUCUUGCCUCUAAUAGUGAUGAUCAUCCUCAUGCAAGCCAUGGAGACCAUGGAACAAGGUGAAGAAACAGCACCUACCACCAAAAAAAAGGCGGGCACAUGUGAGCCAGGCUUUAUUCUGCCCUUGUGGAAACCUGAAGAGCCUGGGCUUGGAGACAAAGUUGCUCGCGCUAUCGUGUAUUUUGCGGCAUUAUGCUUCAUUUUCUUGGGCGUGUCUAUCAUUGCGGACCGCUUCAUGUCUGCCAUAGAGGUGAUUACAUCCAAGGAAAAAAUGGUAAAGGUUAAGAGACCCAAUGGAGAAGUACUAACUGUGAGUGUCAGAGUCUGGAACGAAACUGUCUCUAACUUGACCCUGAUGGCCCUUGGGUCUUCAGCACCUGAGAUCAUGCUAUCUAUCAUUGAAAUAUGUGGAAAUAAAUUUGAAGCUGGGAAACUUGGACCUAGUACUAUUGUUGGCAGCGCAGCCUUCAACUUGUUUAUUAUUAUCGCUGUUUGUGUGAGCGUUAUUCCAGCAGGCGACAUCCGACGCAUUAAGCACCUACGUGUCUUUAUGGUGACUGCCUCUGUGAGUUUGCUCGCAUAUGUGUGGCUGUACUUGAUAAUAGCAACCAUAAGCCCUGGAGUAAUUGAAAUCUGGGAGGGUUUAGUAACACUUUGUAUGUUUCCUUUGCUUGUAUUGUGGGCUUAUGCUGCCGAUAAGCGUAUCUUCUUUUACCGGUUUCUCCGCAAAAAGUACAAAGCGGAGAAAGUAGUCCGUCGGGACUCAAGUAUACAUGCAGGUGCUGUCGAACUGGGCAUUCCCGGUGAGACAAAUGCCAAUCACUUUAAUCAUGACCAUGACAAUGUGGAUUUCCGUGGGAAGAAGUUCCAUGACACGACUGAAAACGACGUUAAGGAUUUGGAGGAGACGCGAAAGGAAACAGUGCGCUUGUUGAGGGAGCUGAGAGCCAAACAUCCAGAUGCAGAUCUGCAGGCCCUUGAGCAGAUGGCUAAUUAUGAAGCGCUGAAUCAACAGCAGAAGAGCAGAGCUUUCUAUCGCAUCCAGGCCACACGUAGACUGUGUGGAGCUGGCAAUAUCCUCAAGAAAACACUAGAGAAGAAUCGGGCCAGCAUAGCUGAGGUUAAGAUUGAGGUUCCUCAAGAGGAUUCCUUUGCUCAUAUCUUCUUCGAGCCAGCCCAGUACACAGUGAUGGAAAACGUCGGGAGUUUUAACAUCACUGUAACUCGCCAUGGUGGUGACAUGAGCAGCACCAUCUAUGUUGAUUAUCGCACGGAAGAUGCAACAGCAAAUGCAGGAUCUGACUACCAUUACGCUGAGGGCACUCUUAUUUUCAAGCCGGGAGAAAUGCAGAAGGACAUCUCCCUGACCAUCAUCGACGAUGAUAUCUUCGAGGAGGACGAGCACUUCCUUGUGAGGCUCAGCAACGUUCGUGUUGGCGGACCGGACGGGAUGUUCCAGAGCAACCAAGAAGAGCCACAAGCCAAGCUCGUGGAACCCUACAUGGCUCAGAUCACCAUCUUAGACGAUGACCAUGCGGGGAUUUUUCAGUUCGAGGAGAAGGAAGUGAAGAUCUCAGAGUCGGUUGGCAAUUCUCAACUGAAGGUGGUGCGGUCAGCUGGUGCAAGAGGUACAGUGCGUAUUCCCUACCGCACCCACGAGGGCAGUGCAAGAGGAAAUGGCGUCGACUAUAUUGAUGUAGAAGGAGAGGUGGAGUUUGAGAACGACGAAACCUGGUAAGUCUUAACACUUAAU